AUGCACGGACGACAAAUUACUCUUCCAUUUAAUCGACAAAAUGGAAUUAUUUCGCUCGCACAAAAUCCAGAGUACAGUCAAAAAAUUAGAACAUAUCUUGAAAAAUUAGUAAAUGAAGCUCGAAACAAUAUUAUAAAAAAUCAACAACAAUAUAAGGCUCGAUAUGAUUUACAUAGACAAGAUUUAUUAUUAAAAGUCAAUGAUUUAGUUUUAGUCAAAACAAGAAAUGUUAGAAACAAAUUUGAUAUACGAUACGAAGGUCCAUUUAAAAUUAUUAAACAAUUAGGACAUAAAACGUUCAUUGUUCAACAUGUAAAAAAAUUAACAUUAACAAAACAAGUAACAAAAAACAAGUAACAAUCGAUAUUAUCGAUCCUUUGGUGGAACGAUGGAAUUUAAUUCAAUAACACACAUCUUCAAAAAAGGGGAAAGAUGUGGGAUAUGUUAAAAUAAUCUGUAAAGUAUGCGUAUCGAUAAAAGAAAAAAGAAUUUAUAUAUAUUUACACACGUAUAUAUUAAAAAUUAUUAUUUAAAUUAAUUAAAAAUGAUUGAGUUUGAUUCAGCAGUCCAUGCCGGGGAGACAGAAUUUCACCUUCUCACUGACAAGGAGGGGCUGUCAAACUCAAAAAUUCAUUUUAAUUGACUUUAUUUUAUGUAUAUGAUUCAUCGAAUAAAUAUAUUAUAUGCGAUGACUCAUCCAUCAAUCACAGCGCAUUAUGAUCAAGGCACUAUUACAGAAGUGGCCAUACUGUACAGUGCGAACAAUAAUGCACGUGUUCCAGAUCGAUAACUUUACUAUAAUCAAAACAAGAACAUGAUAAAUACACAUCUACCGCAUCAAAGAUCGUCAACAUCAUUUACCACAACAACAAAAAAAAACAAAAGCAAGGACAAAACAAAUAAUUCGUUAUUAUCAAGAAGUUUUAUUGAUUUGACAAUCAAUUCACAAUUAUCUUCGUGCUAUUGAUUUUAAUUUUUUCUUAAUUAAUGAUGACGCUAAAUAUUCAACUGGUAUUCAUGAACAAAUGUUACAUAGAUAAAAUAUAGUGAUUAUUUUCAAUUUAUACGUAAAUUAUCAAAACAUGAUUUGACUAUAUUAAUACAUGAUAUAAUGUCGAAAGAAAUAAAAAUGAUAAUGAUGGGACAUCAUAUAAAUGAUGUACAAAAGACGCAUUAAAUUUUAUAUUUAAUACACAUUUACAUACACCUCAUCGUUUACAUAAAGAUAACUUACAACAAUAGACACAAUUAUUAGCACAUUUAUUUACAAAAAAUCCAACAUCAUUAUGACUUUUUACGAUUUAUUAUUUGAAAAUGAUCAUGGAUUAAAAUUAUAUUUAUUUGAUUAUCUUAUCGAUGUCAUACGUUAUAUAGUUGAACAAAUUGAUGAACUUAGUCUUGAUGUGUGUGGACACACAUCUAACAUAAGAGGGGAGGAAUGUUAACGGUAAUUCAUACUACGCCUGCCCUCGAUCCUCUUUCUCUUUCUCUUUCGCUUCUUCUUUCUACUAUAUUGUUAUUGUUAUUGUUGUUUCUCCUUCUUUCUCUCUUGUUCUUCUUCUCCUCUCUAUGGAUAUAUAUAUACCUAGUGAUUUAAGGACAUUUUUGAAGAGAUUUAACAUAUGAAAUAAAUAAAAUAAAGUUAAGCUCGUCG